UCAUGGCAGGCGUGGCCAGUCUGCUGAGGUGGUCAGAGAACCAAGCGCCCCCAGGCUUCCAGUUUGAUUUCGUGCCGGACCCUGUCUUUGAUCUCUUCAUAGGAGAGGGUAACAUCCUUGAGCUGGAUGGCACCAAGAUCACAAUAAGGGGAAGUGACCUAAAUAAUGCGCAGACUUCGACGGAGGUGCGAGUGUUUAUCGGCACUCAGAAAUGUAGCGUUGAAGUCUUUGACAGCUCCAUCUUGACAUGUGAGGCUCCAGAGCUGGAACCAGAGCCCCUAGACUAUCAGGGGAACCGGACCAGCGUAGAACUGCCUGCUGUAUAUGUACUACACAGCCGACACUAUUUUUUCAUCGGCUACGUCAGAUACAUUACCAGUGUAGAGAUCGCUUUGUACAUAGGCAUCGCUGCCGCGGCCGUAGCGCUGGCUCUCGUGGCACUGGCUCUCUUCCUAUAUCGUAAGCUGAGGGGCAAACAGAAGGAGAUCGGAGCCAUCUUGAUAAAGAUGGAGAAAGUAGAGCAAGCGGAGGAUCUAAGAAUGGAAAAUACGACGUCUGAGUCGGAUGGGCAGCAACUGGAGCUCCCGACAUCGGCAGGGACGAGCGCCGCCAACGUCCAUCAUCUUCAUCCGGGAAUUGGGGCCGAGGACGCACAGAUCAAGUUCAGCCAGUUACAAAUGGGGGAUAAACUCGGGCAGGGUGCUUUUGGGACAGUUUAUCGAGCCGUCUUAAACAAUUGGUCAUCCGGAGAACAACGCAUUGUGGCCGUUAAGACGGUAGAAGAUCCAGAUCCUCCCAAAGUCGUCCAAUUCCUGAAGGAAGGAUUGUCAAUGAAGAGCUUCAAUCAUCCCAACGUACUGAAGUUGCUUGGCUUGACCUUUGACCGAUCGGGUCAGCCACUCAUUGUGAUUCCCUUUAUGGCAAACGGUGACCUGAAAUCUUUCUUAGUGAAGCAAAAACAGAACUUGAGUCACACGCAUCUGACCAUGUUUGCCUAUCACGUGGCCCUGGGUAUGGAGUACCUCGCAGAACAACAGUUCGUCCACAGGGAUUUAGCUGCGAGAAACUGCCUGGUGGAUGACAAGCUUGUCGCAAAGAUAGCGGAUUUCGGCUUGUCCAGAGAUCUGGACGAGUCCGAUUACUACACCAGCGGGGACAAACAUGCCAAGUUACCCAUCAAAUGGAUGGCACCAGAGUCAAUGGAACGUAAGGUGUAUGACACCAAAACGGAUGUGUGGUCCUACGGGGUACUUCUGUGGGAGCUGUUUUCUCGUGGUCGAACGCCCUACCCUGAUAUUCACAACAGGGACGUGCACUCGUAUCUCAAGCAAGGCCAGCGUAUGAACCCACCUAGGUUUUGCCCUACAAAGAUAUCUGCCAUCAUGCGACACUGCUGGCUGGACUCCGCAAAGAAGCGAUGGUCCUUCGGUCAAAUAGUCCAGGAGCUGGAACCACUCGUGACCCACGCGUGAAGAAUUGAAGAGUGGGCCACUAUAGGAAAGCCGACGGUGGUGAUUACAGAAGGUACCAGCAAAGUUAUAGCUCGACCGUCUGAUUGUUUGCUCUUACCAUUAUAGCCUAGGCCUUGAUAAUAUUUGAUAUGCCUUGUUAUGCUUUUUAUAAUACGCCCAUGUAGCGUAUAAAGCGUAAUAUUACUUAUCAUACAUACAUAUUAAUCAAGUACCUAAUGCAUGAGGAUGAAUAAAAAUACAUAUAUAUGCAAGGGUAAAAUUAUUAGCACCCCAUAUUAUCCAAUUGUCAAGAUAGAGAUUAGUAUCUGCUAAAUCAGUUUUUAUAUUAUAUAUUAAUAAAUACCUUGGAGAGUUGAUGGUUUCUGAUUG